GCCAGUCAGUCUGCCAGCGACGUUCGAACCGAACAGACGGUCUUCGGCUCCGGAGAAAAAGUCCUGUGGAAAUUCCUUCGUUGGGUUGUACUUUUGGGGGUUGUUUGUGAUCUGAUGAUUCAGUGAGUUUUUCGCUCAAGUCAAACAAAUGUAACUCGAUGCUGGUCAAAUAUUUGACUGAAAAGUUGGUCGGUUUUUAAGGUUUUGUGUCCAGACUCCGGAUGUUGUAGCAGUUUCAGCGGUUUGGUCAAGUCAAACUUGGUGUUGGGUUUUUGUUCCGGAUUGGUUUUCCGCGCACGGACGGAUAUUUAAUACAACACGCUCGCUGUGUGAGAAGAGUGCAAAACAAAUUGCACAAAUUGCCGAGAUUAAAAACAAACAAUCCAGCAGUGGAUGCACGUGGAUGCCGGCGAAUUAACGCAGCUCGCGGAGGAGAUGCACCACAGCUGCAGCCUGCAGGUCGGGAAAGAAGAGUUGUUGGCGGUUAAAAUAAAUCACGCAGAGCAGAGCAAAGAGCUGCCAGCGAUUUCCGCGAGUCAGUGCUGAGUGACGGUGGCCAAGUGUUGUCGUCGCCUAUAGCAGGGGCAAACAAGUGAAAAGUGGUGGAAAUAAAAUUAAACCCAAAUAUAAUAUACAAAAAGGAAAAGUGUUGUUUAUAACCGUGAGAGGGAGGGUGUGGGGUGUGUUUAAAAGCAAAUUAAAAUCAGGUCGUUCGUGAUGUGGGUUCGUUUAUUUGUUCUAGAGUGUCCGUCGAACGGAUGCAAGUGAGCGGCGGAAGUGACUAAGACGACGAAAAGAGAAUCUGGAUAAUUUUUGCUGUCUUCGGAACGUGGUCGAGACUUGAAGAAGUGAGGACUCUUUGAGAUAAAAUAAAUGUUACAAAGUGAUGCUAAGGACCUCAUAAAAAACGACAUUUAUCUGUUGAAAUGCCAAAACAACACACACCAAACCAACGAUGAACGAAACAAUCAAACCUUAUUGCUCCAAAUAAGGCCAAAUUCAUCGGAAAUACCUCGCUCAGCACAUAGCUCCGAGCGGUCACUCUCCUACCUAUAGAAUUGGCUCUUCCUGUGUGUCGUCGAUCCGGUUUCAGGUGAACCGUCUUCCUCCCGAGAUGGCCAUCCUUCAUUCGUGCUGCCUGUGGCGGACGGUGCGCAAGGGAAGCUACGCCAGCGUUAUCUACACAUUCUUUUACUUCGGCAUCUCGUGCAUAACUCUUUCGGUGUUUGCCCACGACGAACGCAAAUUCCUCAAAGGUGAAGUCGACAGGCCCAGCGGGGAAAGUUUCCUGGAAAAGGAAAGCAUAUCAACAGUCACUGUGAUAUUCAACAUGUUGCUGCUGGCAUUCGCAAGCCUGGGCGUGUUGUCGUCGCUGCUGGUGAUAGUUGGGCUGAGGAUGAACAUGCGGGCGUUCCUCCUGCCGUGGAUCUUCGUGAUGAUUGCCGACCUGCUGGUGGAGUGUGCUCACUUUGUCUAUCUGAGCGCUAGUCAAGCGUUGCAGUUCGAGCCAGUCACGGCGAUGCUGUUCACGGUGGACUUUUUCAUUAUGUGUCUUAAUAUUUAUUGCCUCCUGUGUGUGAUAUCGCAGUACCAGGAGUACAAGGCCGGCCGGGGAGGAGCCGAUGACGACUCGUACGUCAGUUCGGUCAACAUCCAGUACAGUCCACCGGCGGCCACUUGCCUGCCCCCGGGGAAAUCAAUACUGAGCCCGAUUAUGUGUCCGCACACCAACUGCACGCUGAUUCCGGAGGAGACGCAAAUUAAUGGAUCCGCUCUCGGAGUGGCGCCCACGAUGACCCAACAGGUCAAGUCCCCGUCGACGUUUGGCCGGCAAAACUCGUUGCUGCUGAAGAAGCACGUCAAGUUCAACCACGGCGACAAGGCCAAAGUCGUCUGCUGCAGCGGAGUCAUCCACCCGGAAAACAUCCUGCCGGCGAAGGCGGAAAAUGGCGCUCACCGAAUGAACAGCGGACAUCACAACCACAUGAUUGAGGCGCUGCCAGAGUACAGCGAGGAAAUUUUGUCCUGGAAGGAGCAACAGCAGCAGCAGAAAACGGCCAAACAUUAUAAUCUCCCGGAAAAGUAGGAUAAAUGGAUCUCCCGCUAAAAUUGUGAAGCGCACAAAAAAAAGAAUCUCCGACGGUAAAACAUGGCGAAGUUUUAAUCACCGGUGAGGCCCCCGGCAGCGGGUUGGACAAUUUUGACGACGGGGGUUGCAACGCCGCAAUUUAUGAGUGCUGGAUGGCGAUUUUUCAUCGUUUUUUUGGGAGAAGCUGAGAACAUCAUGGGGAUCAACCGGAUAUUGCAAACGAUUUAUAACUUGAAGGCAAACCGAUACAAAAGCGGUUUGAGAACAAGUUUUUCCUGUACUCCUACAACGAAGCAGGAAAUCUCGGACAAGACUUUUAGUAGAUCAUAAUCUAUAAUCUAUAAUUCACACUAAAAUGGGCCAUUCCACCUCGAAUCACUGUAUUGUAAAACGUAGUCUGUUUCAUAGAAUUGAAUUUUUCAUCUCAAUGAUUUUUGUUCUUUUCAUUAUAACAUUAUGUGAAUGUUCGAAAAUGUGUAUUUUGAGAAAAGAUUUUCCGAUCAAAUUGUGUCUUCGACAAAAAAAAAAAACAGAUUUGUUCUCAGUGUCACCUAAUAAGCGUUUAUUUUUAAUUGAAUUCCUACUCUUUUCAAUUUCACAAUAUUCCCAAAACGGGUUAGGACAACUUUUGUGGAUUUUGAGUAAUUUGAGGUGGAAUGACUAAACCGUGAUUAGGUUUUACUUCCCGAAAAGCAAAAAGCAGCCCCUUAGAAAGACAUCCCUGACGGUUAUGGUGAUGUGAGACAAGUGUAAUUGAAGGCCAACCAAAGUUUGCACUCACUUAUAUUUCUCCCUUUUUUUGCUGUAAUUAGUGUAAGCCAACGCGUAAGAUCCUUAAUUAAGAUUAGAGAGAGUGAGUGAGGAUGGACAGAGGGAAAGAACGCGAGACGAUAAACAACUUUUUUUUUUGCUCGAAUCAAAAUCAUGUCAAAGGAUAAACUCGGAAGGACUCUCGGUGGGGGGAUGAUGAUGAAGCCAACUGAAGAUGAAAGAGUACUCAGCGACCGACCGACCGACGUCGGCAUGUCGAUGGCAUCUGGGGUCCUUUGCGAGUCAAGUGCAGCGCCUUAAUUUGCACGAGUGUCUCCCCUUUCUCUAACAGGUAAUGAUGAAGGGAAAAGUUAAGGCCAUGGGCAGAAUUUUUUGCUGAUUUUGCAAAAUUAAAUAAAAACGUCACGGUCACGUUAAGAUAAGCAUCGAAUCAAAGUUUAUAAAUACUCA